AUGGGCCCUCCAAGAGUCAUUGUCCGUCAUGAAGACUUCACCGUAGCUUGGAUCUGCGCCUUGCCCGUGGAGAUGGCAGCCGCCGAAGCGCUGUUGGACGAGCGUCUACCCGACCUGCCCGCCCAACCUCACGACAACAACACAUAUACCUUCGGUGUCUUCCACGGUCAUCGCGUUGUUCUUGCUUGUCUACCGUCUGGGGUAUACGGGACUAAUUCUGCAGCGGUCAUAGCUACUGAAGUCCGUAUAAGAUUCCCAUCUCUUCGGUUUGGACUGAUGGUCGGGGUGGGCGGAGGGGUGCGUGACGCUGGGGUCCAGCUCGGGGAUGUCGUCGUGAGCAAACCAUCUCGCGAGUAUGGAGGCGUAAUCCAAUAUGACUAUGGAAAGGCGAUUGAUGGGGGUGAAUGGGAGCACACGGGAAUGCUGAACAAACCACCUACCGUCUUGCUAACAGCGAUCUCUAGACUCCAGGCAGCACAUUUGCAAAAGCCAAAUCGGAUCUCAGAGUCAGUCUCUAAGGUUAUUGCGAUAAACCCUGGUAUGGAGGCUACUUUUGGGUAUCCGCAGUCUUCAGAGGAUGCGCUAAGAAGGGGAACUACGAGGCUGGAACAGCCUUGUGGAAUACACUACGGCUUGAUUGCAUCGGGUAACAAGGUCAUCAAGGACGGAAAGCUCCGGGAUGAGAUUGCAAAGAAGUACGGAAUUCUGUGCUUUGAGAUGGAAGCUGCUGGCUUGAUGGAUAAUUUCCCCUGCCUUGUUAUUCGAGGAAUCUGCGACUACGCCGAUACGCACAAGAAGAAAGACUGGCAAGGCUAUGCCUCCUUGACAGCAGCUGCCUAUGCGAAAGAGCUCCUCGCUGUGAUUCCGAGGCAUUCUGUAAUGGAGACACCGACUGCCGCGUUGAGCCUGGAUUGGCAAAUUGGUAAUGACUCUUCACGAAGAGAGCCAUUGUCCAGUAACUGGGUCAGCAAGUCGAAAUCUGCUUUCGAUGACGAUUUUCUGACGCGUAUCACAUGCUAUGACCACGAACGAGCACAUCAGAGGAUUUCACGGAAGAGACUCCUUAGCACUACACAGUGGUUCUUAGAUCACCCGGAAUUCCAGGCCUGGUUCUCCGACAGGGCAUACCCUUGGCUAUGGUGCUCUGGUAAAAUUGGAUCUGGGAAAUCUGUUAUUGCAUCCACCGCAAUCGAAGAAGCGCGUAGCAAAUCUUUGAAACCUCAUGCUCCAAUUAUCUUCUUCUACUGCGACGAACAAUAUGCUUCCGACCUAUCUCAGUUGCUCUCAAGCUUCAUACGGCAACUGACCGAAUUUAUCGUCAAGGGGACCCAGCAGUUCUCUGAGAACGGCCAAAGAAUGCUUCAAAGAUAUUUCGGAAGUAAAAGAGAAGUCCCCGAUCUUGAUGAUUUGGAAGAUAUAUUUGCUAGUUUGUAUACGGAUGUGUCGAAUGCCACCUAUGUAAUAGAUGGUCUUGACGCGUUAGAACAGACGGACGCAAGGCGUCUCCUUACUUACUUUCGAUUACUAUUCCAAACCGGCGGUGAUAAAGCCAUCGGCCGACGGCUACUCAUAUUCAGCAGAGAGUACUUCGUCGGAGGCACAAGUGUCGCGACGUACCUUCCGAAUGUACCUGAAAUUUCGACGACUUGCAAUGUGCUACAAGAUAUCCAGGUCUAUAUUAGAGAAAGUAUUGCAGACCGAAUGGUGCUUCACCAGCUCACUGAGGACAGUCACCUCAUCAAUGAUAUGGAAAGUAUCUUACUGUUUCUGUGGGUUUAUCUGCAAAUCGAGAUCAUUUGGUAUACGUGUGCCACGGAGCAAGACAUACGCGUCGCUUUAUCAACCUUACCAAAAGGUCUUGAGGAAACAUACCAGCGCUGUGUGAAGAGGAUAAAUUGUCACGACCCUCGUGCUAUCAGAACACUUGUCUGGGUUCGCUUCAGCGCACGACCGCUUCAUUGCGAAGAGCUGAAGGAGGCAGUAGCAUUGGACUUGAAUGACAAAUGCUGGGACCCAGAAAAGGUUCCACGAUGUGACUUUAUCUUGGGUUGGUGCGCAAACCUCGUCGUAUUAGACCCUGUCGAUAACUGUGCACGCUUCGCACAUCCCUCAAUCUGUCAAUACCUUGACAGCAGUUUCGAUGCAUAUCUGCUUCAAUUUCCAGAGUCCGUCCGCUCAGGAAACCAGAUUUGUGGACGUCUUUGCAUCACGUAUCUUUCGUUUUCUGAUUUCCACCUUCAUCUUUCUAAGACAAGAAAGGAAAUUAUGGAAUGGGAUCUACGUAGCAAAGACUUCAUUCCAAAGAAUGUCCCGGGCUUUCGGCUUAUCAAAAGAUUUUUGCCAUCGAGGUUAAAACGCAAAUUACCUGUCUCAUUACCGUCGCCUCCCUUACGUACUGUGCCAUCGCCGUCUUUGGCGCGCUAUCGGUUUUUGUCCUACGCACGAAAUCACUGGACGACUCAUACCAAGUAUUUCUCAGAGCAAGAUCCUCUGUGGGACAUGUUCAAGCUCUUAGCUCUGACAUCCAAUGAAAGUUGGGGCCUUCAUCCAUGGAAAGCAGAUGGUCGGUCUCAAUUUUCGCACUUGCAAGCCAUGUUUGGAUGGGCAGUCAGGGAACGCCACCUGCCACUUUUCGAACUUCCGAUGCAGUUUCCAAACCACAUUCGACGUAUUUGCGAUUUACCGCUUAGUGGGGAGCUGCUGCCAGCCCUGCACUAUGCCUGUAAACAAGGAUAUUUUGAUAUGGUCUCCCGACUACUGCCGUUUUGUGACAUCAACACACUCGAUUUGCAAGACUUCACCCCAUUGCACUACGCCGUUGAAAGGGGCCAUGCUAGUACGGAAGGUGCAGACCUGGAGGCCAGAAAUUCGAAGUCACAAACUAGCUUAAUUGUGGCAGCCGCCUCUGGUAAUACAUCUAUGGUAAAGUUUCUGGUCGAGGAGGGAGCCGACAUGGAAGCCGUUGAUCAAGAAGGGGAUACUGCGCGUCUCCAUGCUCUUGAGAACCGUCACAUGGAAGUAGUCAGUCUCUUUCUUGACAUCGACUUGGCAAAUGAUCGGUGCAAGAUUGGGUCCGUGCUACUCUCCGCAGUUGAGGAUGAUGACCCUGAGCUGGUCAGCCUUCUAAUCAACAAGGGUAUUGACCCGAACUCAAGUUGCAAGACGGGUAUUGGCCGCGAUGAUUGUACAGUUCUCACUUGGGCCGCCAAGAAGGGAUACACAGAGCUGGUGCAGCACCUUAUCCACUACGGUGCAGACGUCAAUUUGCAGGAUAACGAACGUUGGACUCCACUUGCUCGGGCUGCACAAUAUGGUCAUGAUGCUGUCGUCAAACUACUAAUUGAGCACAACGCUUAUAUUGAUUUUCCUAACGAUAACUUCACGCCUCUUCAAAUCGCUGCAGCCAACGCGAACCAGAGCACGGUCAAACUUCUCGUUCAGCAUGGAGCUUCACGGGGAUCCACAAUAGAAAUGAGGGAUUCUGAGGAACGGACACCUUUGAUUUGUGCCGCAGAAAAGGGUGAUGUUGCCAGGGUCAGAUUCUUGGUCAUGCACGGUGCUAUCAUUGACGCGAAAGCUGCAAGUGGUCGUACAGCACUCUUGCAAGCAGCUGCACGAGGCCACUACGCAGUAGUCAAGAUACUGCUGAAGUAUGGAGCCGAUCUGACAGUACGUGAUGAUGAUGGCGCAGAUGCUGUUGUUUUGGCUGUUAAUGAGGGCCAUUCAGAGAUUUGGAAGCUUCUUCAUAAACGCUUGGGCCUAUAA